AUGCUCGCCGCCCGCGCCAACGUCUGCUCCACCAGCUCGCUCGCCGCGCGCCCGUCGGCCGCGAGCGCCAGAGAGCGCUCGCGCGGCGCGCUCGUCGUCACGGCGGCGAGCAAGAAGAAGGACGUGCGCCUGCAAGUCACCCUCGAGUGCACCGAGCAAAAGGAGAGCGGCGUGCAGGGGAUGUCGCGAUACAUGACCCAGAAGAACCGUCGUAACACGUCGCAGAGAUUGGAGUUGAUGAAGUACAAUCCGUUCUUGCAAAAGCACACGCUUCACCGGGAGUUGAAGAAGUAG